AUGUCGCAAACCACGCCCGACUCCCAGAGCAAGGCUCUAUCGAGGGAAGCUUCUCUCGAUAAGAUGAAGCUUGAUGGAACUACAUCUCACGUCGAGCAGACGCAGCACGUUGACUUUGACGAUUCUAUUGAGGAUACCGAGCCGUCUAAGGCGGUGUGGCUGAUCACCUUCACCGUCGCCAUGGGCGGUUUCUUGUUUGGUUACGACACCGGUGUGAUCUCGGCCGUUCUCGUCAGUCUCAAGAGCGAUCUCGGACACGAAUUGGAUUCGCACGAACAGGAGUUGAUCACGUCCAUUACCUCUGGCGGCGCAUUGAUCGGUGCCGUGAUCGCUGGUCUUCCGGCCGAUAAGUACGGGCGAAAACUCGGCAUCUAUAUCGGCUGCAUUCUCUUCCUCGUCGGCACAAUCAUUCAAGCUGCUGCGUUCUCUGUGGCGCAAAUGACCGUCGGACGCUUCAUUGUCGGUUUGGGAGUCGGUUCUGCGGCUAUGAUUAUCCCUCUCUACAUUGGCGAGCUCGCACCCGCCAAACACCGCGGCCGCAUGAUCGCAUUCGAUAACAUGAGCGUAACUCUCGGGCAACUCAUCUCCUACGCUCUCGGUGCAGGCUUUACCGAACUUCCUCACGGAUGGCGCUACAUGGUCGCCGUCGGCGGCGUCCCGCCCAUUAUCCUCGCGUUCCUUCUGCCCAUGUGCCCUGAGUCGCCUCGACAGCUCAUCUCUCACGGAAAGCUCGAGGAGGCCACGCGCGUCAUCAAGCGUGUCUAUCCUCAUGCGACGGAAGAACAGGUCAACGCCAAGAUCGGACACAUGACGUGGGUGGUUGAGGUGGAGGCACAGGCUACGUCUGGCUCGCUGUGGGACCGCUUCAAGGAGUUGCAUGUUGUGCCUGCCAACUUCCGCGCCCUUGUUACCGCGUGCGCUAUCAUGGCCAUUUCACAGCUUGGCGGCUUCAAUACUUUGAUGUAUUAUUCUGGAACCCUGUUCGGGCUCGUUGGUUUCGACAAGCCAGUCGCUGUGUCCAUCGUUGUCGGUGCCACCAACUUUGUCUUCUCGCUGGUCAACCUGUUCAUCAUAGAUAAACUCGGCCGACGUCGCAUUCUCCUCGUCACGGUCGCCGGAAUGUCCAUCAGCAUGGUUGUUGCCGCCAUCGCCUUCCACUGGAUCCCAGUCUCACCCGAUCUCAAGCUUCAGACCGCCUCAGUAAACUGGGCCGGCAUUCUCGUCCUCGUGACUAUCAUCGUCUACGUCGCCUGCUUCGCCGGCGGUGUCGCCACCAUCGCCUGGGUCGGCACUGAGCUCCUGCCCCUCGAGGUCCGUGCCCUCGGCACCAUGAUGAACACAGUCACUUGCUGGGGCUGCAAUAUCAUCAUCGCAUCUACUUUCCUGUCCAUGAUGAAGGGUAUGACGCCUAGCGGUGCGUUUGGUUUCUACGCGGCAAUCUGCUUCUUUGGAUGGGUAUUUGUCGUCUUCUGUUAUCCCGAGGCCAACGGCUUGCCGCUCGAGGAGGUCAGGCAGAUCUUCUCUACCGGGUUUGGCGUCAAGAAGGCGAAUGAGUUGCAAAGACUUCGCAAGAUGGGGGCUGGCUCGGCUUAA